AUGAGAACCCAUACUGGCGAAAAGCCAUUUUCCUGUGAAGUGUGUUCAAAGAAAUUUUCUCUGCGAAUAAAUCUGAAACACCACCUGAGAACCCAUAGUGGCGAAAAGCCAUUUUCCUGUGAAGUGUGUUCAAAGAAAUAUUCGCAGCGAAAAAAUCUGAAAGACCAUCUGAGAACCCAUACUGGCGAAAAGCCAUUUUCCUGUGAAGUGUGUUCAAAGAAAUAUUCUCAGCGAAAAAAUCUGAAAGACCACCUGAGAACCCAUACUGGUGAAAAGCCAUUUUCCUGUGAAGUGUGUUCAAAGAAAUAUUCUUACCGGACAAAUCUGAAAGACCACCUGAGAACCCAUACUGGCGAAAAGCCAUUUUCCUGUAAAGUCUGUUCAAAAAAAUUUUCUCACCUAGUAACUCUGAAAAGCCACCUGAGAAACCAUACUGGCGAAAAGCCAUAUCCCUGUGAACAUUGCUCUCAGAAAUUUUCUGAUCAGUGUAAAUUGAAAAAGCACUUGGGACUCCUCGCUAGCGAAAAGCCAUUGUCCUGGGAAGUAUCUUCAAAGCAAUUUUCUCAGGGAACAAAUAUGAAAGAAAACCUGAAAACCUUUGCUGACGAAAAGACAUUUUCCUGUGAAGUAUGUUCUAAGCUGUUUACUCGUGCCAAUUACCUGAAAGUUCAUCUGAGAACCCAUACUGGUCUAAAGCCAUUUUCCUGUGAAGUGUGUUCAAAGAAAUUUUCUCAGCUAUUCACUCUGAAAAACCAUAAGAGAACCCAUACCGGCGAAAAGCCAUUUUCCUGUGAAGAAUCUUGA